AGAAAGUUCGUCCUGCAUUCCAAGCCGCCUUCCUUUCGAAAUCUCUUCUGAUACCUGUCCUAAACCAAACGAUCCUGCCAUCUUCAACAUUCCCUACCUUCGGAAAUGGAGCUUAAACCAUCAUAUGAACCCAAGGCAACGAAGCCUAUGUCCCAGGCCAUCAAAGGCUUCAGAGAUGGAUUCUGGCAAACACAUCCUCUCCUUACCACCCAAGGGCAUACCCGAAUCCGAGCGAACUUCACUAUUGCUGAUUGGCUUCUGAUGGGUUCUCUUCUACAAGCAUUCAUCAUUCUUUCUACCCCAUUACCACUCGCCUAUGUUCUCAUGCCGACAUUUGGUUUGGUAGCGUUCAAGCUCACACGAACCGUAUUGAAGAUAUACAGUAUUGUCGAAAAUCCUCGAAUGGAGAAUGUUAUUCCAGGUCGCCAAACUGCGUUGUUUCCUCCGAAAGAUGGAAGCAUGAUUCGACAACCAGGUGAACCUGUUGGUGGCGAUGGCAUGUGCAUUGUUCUCUUGACCAACAAGAGCAAUCAUCCUCUCGGCCUGUUCUUCCCGACAUUUCGUACUUUGAGUCUUCUUGCUCGAGCGAUGUACCGAGAUCUUGAAGCUCAUGCUGAAGAGUAUGGCUUCCUGGGCUUCUCCGACUACAACAGCAAUGAUGUCCUCAAGCAACCAGUGGUCCUCUCCGUCAUGUACUUCAAGUCUGUGGAGCAUGUACAGAAAUGGGCUCACGGAAAAGUACAUCGCGAAGGUUGGGAUUGGUGGAACGAAAUGUCUGCUCUGGGAAAGACAGAUCAGAUCACCAUUGGUCAUGAAAUCUACAGUGUCCCCGCCGGAAACUGGGAGAAUGUCUACAUGAACUCUAAACCACACGAUUUUGGUGCAACACAACAUGCGAUCAAGACCGCCGGUGGCGAGCGACGAUGGCUUUGCCCUCUGAUGGACAGUAAAGAUCUCAAGAAUGCUUCUCAGAGAUUGGGAUCCGUGAGGGGAUGAGAUAAUCUCAAUGUCGUCAUGUGAAGCAAAAACUUUCAAGUAGAAGAAGCGUUUUGGGCAAAAUGAUAACGGUGUUCGAUGAAGCAUAUGAAAGCCUACGCUCUCGGUAGCCUCUCUGUCAUUGCCGUCUUGCAACUGGGAGAAACCUUCGACAAGAGAACCAGAUUUGGGUCUUGGAAGAGAACCAGCAUCCAGCUUA